UACAUACAACUUCCGUAUACUGUAAGUUACGUAUAAUGACGGUAGUGCGUAUGAACAGUAACGUACGCCUCCAAUUCUCAGGAAAACUUCACCCGGUUUCCCGAAGCCAGUGGUUGUUUCACGUGAUGGACGGUGACUCACCUUUAAUAACUUGUGAUGAAUAUCGAUUGCUUGAAACAUACUGCCAGAAGAGGAGGAAGCCAAGCACAAUAUAUCGGAGUGCCUGUGAUGAGCAAUUUGGUGAUGUGGCUGAAAAACUGGCCCAGAUUGCAGACAACAGACUUAAUUUUGAUAAAGAACUAGAGCCAGACAGUCCUGUUGCUAAGGAGGCUAACUCAGAUGUCAUAGUGAGGCUUGUUGACUUGCUGAAGAAAUCAGGGGACGAAUUGAAUGCAACGAUUCAAAGCAACCAAGAGCUUUUGGGAUACCUGCAGCAAACUUUCUCUUACGACUUGUUUAAAACACUGACUAAAGCCUUCAUCACAAGUAGUGUACCAGAAUUUCUGCAGAGCCGAAAAAAACGUGAGCAGAUCGCCCUGGCCUUCGAGGUCACCAGCAGACUCAAAGCCCUGGACCUACACCCCAUGAACAGGGUCAUGGGAUACGGAGCUCAGUACCUGCAGGAGAACUUCGCUCCCUGGGUUAAACAGCACGGUGGUUGGGAGAAAGCCUUUGAUAACGACGAUGAUGAAGAGGUUCAUUGACAAGAUACUGUGAAAAGGAUGGUUAUUAGUGGUCAAAGUGAUAUUUAUGAAAUAUAGAUAAUAUUAUCUACUAUAAUAGAUAAUAAAAUCUACAUUUUAUAAAUCUAGAAUUAAGUUUUUUUUAUAAAUAUGCACUUGUUUAAAUACAUAUUUUAAUGUUAAAUCAAAUGUUGCGUUACAAAAAAAAUGUGUUCUUAACUUUGCGGCACACUUAAAAAAAAUACAAAUAAAAAAACAGGCCAAAAUGGAAUGCUAAAAUAUAAUGCUUUAUUGACUGAGAAGUUGGCUUUUCAUCAACAAAUAAGCAACACAAACAUACUCUUUACAAAUAGAGAAAGCCACUGGAAUCAGAAUAGCGUCUAGUGAUUUUUACAUGGAGGUUAUUUUUUUUUUUUUAUCAUUUGUAAUUGCACAUAUCAACUGCCUUCACUUGCUAUGAGUCUUACGCACAACAUUAGGCACAAAGAGGCAAAGACUACAUAGAUACUGAAUCCUUUCUUUAGCUUUGUUGUUCCUAAUAAUAUCAAUAUUUCAUAAAUAUCACUUUAAAGCAUUGCAAUGAUGACUGAAUUUUUGAAUGCCAUAUGAUGACUAUGGUUGCAAGCUUUAACUCCUUAAUUUGUGGUGCAUACAUCCUCAUAACAAGCCAAGACUAAUGGACAUUAGGCCCAGACAAUCAACAUCAGAUGUUAUAGUAUUAAUGACAUUUUAAUUGAAUCAUGUAAAACGGUUGCAGUUUUAUUUCACAAUAAAGCACUGAUGAUCUUGAUUAGCUA